UGUGCCUGUCAGGGUUGCUGUGUCACUCGGCCCGCUCGGCGCUCCCCCUCCGCGUCGCCCUUCCGCACCGGCUGUCGGGCUCUUCCGGUGCGCAGCCGCCCCUCACCUGCAGGCCCUGCGCCCGCCGCGCUUGGGCGCACCCCCGGCGUCUCCCGCGGACUGAUCUCGCGCGGUGCCUGGGCCCCGGGCGCCCGACGCACCAGGGCCAUGGCGAGCAGCGCCGCCAGGUACCGGCUGAGCUGCUCGCUCCCGGGCCACGAGCUGGACGUGCGGGGCCUAGUUUGCAGCCUCUAUCCGCCGGGGGCCUUUGUGUCCGUGUCCCGAGACCGCACCACCCGCCUCUGGGUCCCAGACAGUCCUAACAGGGGCUUUACAGAAAUGCACUGUAUGAGUGGCCACUCCAAUUUUGUAUCUUGUGUAUGUAUCAUACCUUCAAGUGACAUGUACCCUCAUGGACUAAUUGCCACUGGAGGAAAUGACCACAAUAUUUGCAUUUUCUCACUGGAAAGUCCAGCACCACUUUAUAUACUAAAAGGUCACAAAAAUACUGUUUGUAGUCUUUCAUCUGGAAAAUUUGGGACAUUACUGAGUGGCUCAUGGGACACCACUGCUAAAGUCUGGCUGAAUGACAAGUGCAUGAUGACCUUACAGGGUCAUACAGCUGCAGUAUGGGCAGUAAAGAUCUUACCUGAGCAGGGCUUAAUGUUAACUGGAUCAGCAGACAAGACUAUUAAACUGUGGAAAGCUGGAAGGUGUGAGAGGACUUUUUCAGGGCAUGAAGACUGUGUAAGAGGUUUAGCAAUUUUGAGUGAAGCAGAAUUUCUUUCCUGUGCAAAUGAUGCUAGUAUUAGAAGGUGGCAAAUCACUGGCGAGUGUCUUGAAGUAUAUUAUGGACAUACCAAUUAUAUUUAUAGCAUAUCUGUCUUUCCAAAUUGUAGAGAUUUUGUGACAACAGCAGAAGACAGAUCUCUAAGAAUCUGGAAACAUGGGGAAUGUGCUCAAACAAUCCGACUUCCAGCUCAGUCUAUAUGGUGCUGCUGUGUUCUAGACAAUGGUGACAUUGUGGUUGGUGCGAGCGAUGGUAUUAUUAGAGUGUUUACAGAAUCAGAGGAUCGGAUAGCAAGUACUGAAGAAAUCAAGGCUUUUGAAAAAGAACUCUCUCAGGCAACCAUUGAUUCCAAAACUGGUGAUUUAGGGGACAUUAAUGCCGAGCAGCUUCCUGGGAGGGAACAUCUGAAUGAACCUGGCACUAGAGAAGGACAGACUCGUUUAAUCAGAGAUGGGGAGAAAGUCGAAGCCUAUCAAUGGAGUGUUAGUGAAGGGAGGUGGAUAAAAAUUGGUGAUGUUGUUGGCUCAUCUGGUGCUAAUCAGCAAACAUCUGGAAAAGUCUUAUAUGAAGGGAAAGAAUUUGAUUAUGUUUUCUCAAUUGAUGUCAAUGAAGGUGGACCAUCAUAUAAAUUGCCAUAUAACAUCAGUGAUGAUCCAUGGUUAACUGCAUACAACUUCUUACAGAAGAAUGAUUUGAAUCCCAUGUUUUUGGAUCAAGUGGCUAAAUUUAUUAUUGAUAACACAAAAGGUCAAAUGUUAGGACUUGGGAAUACCAGUUUUUCAGAUCCUUUUACAGGUGGUGGUCGGUAUGUUCCAGGGUCUUCAUCAGGAUCUUCUAACAUGCUUCCUGCAGCAGAUCCUUUUACAGGUGGUGGUCGUUAUGUGCCAGGGUCUGCCAAUAUGGGAACUACCAUGGCUGGAGUUGAUCCAUUUACAGGGAAUAGUGCCUACCGAUCAGCUGCAUCUAAGACCGUGAAUAUUUAUUUUCCCAAAAAAGAGGCUGUCACUUUUGACCAGGCAAAUCCUACACAAAUAUUAGGUAAACUGAAGGAACUUAAUGGAACUGCACCUGAAGAGAAAAAGUUAACUGAGGAUGACUUGAUACUUCUUGAAAAAAUACUGUCUCUCAUAUGUAAUAGCUCUUCAGAAAAACCCACAGCCCAGCAACUUCAGAUUUUGUGGAAAGCUAUUAACUGGCCUGAAGAUAUUGUCUUUCCUGCACUUGACAUUCUUCGGUUGUCAAUUAAACAUCCCAGUGUGAAUGAAAACUUCUGCAAUGAAAAGGAAGGGGCUCAGUUCAGCAGUCAUCUUAUCAGUCUCCUAAACCCUAAAGGAAAGCCAGCAAACCAGCUGCUUGCUCUGAGGACUUUUUGCAAUUGUUUUGUUGGCCAGGCAGGACAAAAACUCAUGAUGUCCCAGAGGGAAUCACUAAUGUCGCAUGCAAUAGAACUGAAAUCAGGGAGCAAUAAAAACAUUCACAUUGCUCUCGCUACAUUGACCCUGAACUAUUCUGUUUGUUUUCAUAAAGACCAUAACAUUGAAGGGAAAGCUCAAUGCUUGUCAGUAAUUAGCACAGUCUUGGAAGUUGUACAAGACCUAGAAGCUACUUUUAGACUCCUUGUGGCUCUUGGGACACUUAUCAGUGACGAUUUAAAUGCUGUACAGUUAGCCAAGUCUUUAGGUGUUGAUUCUCAAAUAAAAAAAUAUGCCUCAGUAUCAGAACCAGCUAAAGUAAGUGAAUGCUGUAGACUUAUCCUAAAUUUACUGUAACAGUGGGGAUGGGCUGAGAUUUUAAAUUGAUUAGUGUUUUUUCUCACAUUUUACAUGACUGAUUACAGAUGGUUUAAAAAAAAUGCUGUGGAUUAAGUAAAAUUUCAGAUCUUGUAAAGUGGGGGGUAAGAAGAGACAAAGAAAUAAAAUUUUUGCACUGA